CGGCCUCAACUGCUUUAGCAAGCAUGUAUUUUUCUGUUAACGGUUACUUCCGAGCAAAUCAAUCUCUCACAAAGCCUAGCCGAGCUCCUACAAGCCAUCUCUUCAUUCUUCAAACCCUAGACCUAAGUCUCUCCAAAUUCUCUCACUGCUGCUUGCAGUUGCAGGCUUGCAGCUCAAUCUCGAAACCCUAGCCCCUAAAUUUCUGAAAACUGCCACCAUGAAGAGGCAGAAAGGCGUUGUGGAUGAAAACAUCUUUGAUGUUCUCACAGAAGAAAUCGUCUUCACAAUCCUCGAUUUUCUCGAUCCGAACCCUCUCGACAAGAAAUCAUUCUCUCUCGCAUGCAAAGCCUUCUACGGGAUCGAGUCUCGCCACCGCAAAGCUCUGAAACCGCUAAGGUCAGAGCACCUUAUCACGGUGCUCAAGCGGUAUCCGCAUCUUGAGCGUCUCGAUCUCUCGCUGUGCCCGCGAAUCACCGACAAUUCGCUGACCAUUAUAUCCGUUCUGUGCAAAUCAACACUCCGGUCAAUCGAUCUUUCGCAAUCGAGGUUUUUUUCGCAUGUCGGGCUGUGGAACUUGGCGACGAAUUGUUCGGGCUUGGUUGAAAUCGACUUGUCCAAUGCGACGGAGCUGAGGGACGCUGGAGCGGCCGCGAUCGCGCAGGCCAAGAAUUUGGAGAGGUUGUGGUUGGCGAGGUGCAAGCUGAUUACGGAUAUGGGAAUUGGAUGUAUUGCGGUUGGGUGUAAGAAACUCAGGUCCAUUAGCUUGAAAUGGUGUUUGGGUGUUGGUGAUUUGGGGGUGGGUUUGAUUGCUGUCAAAUGUAAACAGAUUCGUCAUUUGGAUCUCUCUUACUUGCCGAUCACAAACAAAUGUUUACCAUGUAUUUUGCAAUUGCAAUAUCUUGAAGAUUUGAUUCUAGUAGGAUGCUUUAGUAUCGAUGAUGACAGCCUUGUUGCCCUCAAACACGGGUGCAAAUCACUAAAGAAACUUGAUAUGUCCAGUUGUCAGAAUGUUAGUCAUGUGGGAUUGUCUUCCCUUACAAGUGAUGCUAGAUCUCUGCAGCAACUUGCCUUAGCAUAUGGUUCUCCAGUCACUCAUGCACUUGCUGAUAGUUUGCAAGAUCUUUCCAUGUUGCAAUCAAUCAAAUUAGAUGGUUGUGCGGUUACAUAUGCUGGACUGAAGGGUAUUGGAAAUUGGUGUGCAUUACUGAGGGAGGUGAGCUUAAGUAAAUGCUCAGGAGUGACAGAUGAAGGUCUUUCCUCGCUUGUUAUGAAACACAGAGAUUUGAGAAAGCUAGAUGUCACAUGUUGUCGCAAGAUAACUCAAGUUUCGAUUGCCUACAUUACAAACUCAUGCCCUGCUCUUACUUCCCUCAAGAUGGAGUCAUGUACCCUGGUUCCUAGUGAAGCUUUUGUCUUGAUUGGACAGCGUUGCCUCUGUCUUGAGGAGCUUGACCUAACUGAUAAUGAGAUUGAUGACGAAGGUCUGAAGUCCAUCUCAAGAUGUUUCAAACUCACCAGCUUAAAACUAGGAAUUUGCCUAAAUAUAACUGAUGAGGGGCUUGGGCAUGUUGGAAUGCGCUGUUCAAAGCUUAUAGAACUUGAUUUGUACAGGUGUGUGGGAAUAACAGAUUCAGGCAUUUUGGCAAUUGCUCAUGGUUGUCCUGGUCUUGAGAUGAUUAAUGUAGCCUAUUGUAAAGACAUAACCGAUAGUUCCUUAAUAUCAUUGUCAAAAUGCCCAAGGCUGAACACUUUUGAAAGUCGAGGAUGUCCUUCUAUCACGUCUUUAGGUCUAGCAGCUAUUGCUGUGGGAUGUAAACAACUUGCCAAGCUAGACAUAAAGAAGUGUCAUAACAUUAAUGAUGCUGGAAUGAUUCCGCUCGCACACUUUUCUCAAAAUCUUAGACAGAUAAAUUUGUCAUAUAGCUCAGUUACAGAUGUGGGGCUCUUGUCCCUAGCCAGCAUCAGCUGCUUACAAAGCAUGACCAUUUUGCAUUUGAAGGGAUUGACGACAAGUGGAUUGGCUGCUGCCUUGUUGGCAUGUGGAGGGCUAACAAAAGUGAAGCUCCAAGCAUCCUUUAAAUCAUUACUACCACAACCUCUCUUUGAGCACUUAGAAGCCCGUGGCUGUAUGUUUCAGUGGAGAGAUAAAGUAUUUCAGGCUGAAUUAGACCCAAUUUGCUGGAAACUACAGUUGGAAGAUAUGCAAUAAAGAUUUCUGGAGCUCUUUUAAUUGAGAGUGAUAGGAUCUCUCGCGGGUCAUAGGUUCGACCUUGAAAAAUGCCGAGUUGAUAUUCUGAUGAUAUUUGGAGUUUUUUUGCUGCAAUCUGCUACAAUUUGACGCAGAAAUUCUUUUGACCUUUGAUGGCUACUCAAAACAAGAGCAGUAUAUGCCAUAUAGUGUGUAUCAGGCAGGCGCGCUGGAUCAUCUUUACUAAAAGUCGGCAGUGUACCUUUGGUGGCUUUUGAAAACAAGACCCCUCUGCCAUGUUACUGUUAAUAAUGCAAACUACUCAAAAGUGGGAGUGUGCGGCGGUUAGUUACUUUCUUAAAUGUGAUUAUCACUGUAUCUUUCGGGUGAGAUUGGCUGACAGAAUGAUUCCAGAGUCUCGGCACUUGUUUGGAGAAAAGGUGUUAUUUAUGGUGGCUGCAAACAGGAACAACGCCCCUUUUUCUUUCUUGUUUUCUUGUGUACUAAAUGAACGGGACUGCCAGAACCCAAAUUCCAGUCGUUUGUUGUAGACUGGAUAAAAGAAGGCUUCUCGUGGAUCAUGAUUUUAACUGUCCCCAAAAUGGAGUUGAAUUUGAAUAGAGAUUAGCAGAAUUGUGGGAAAAGCUUCAAUGAAUAUUAAUUAAGUGCUUUGUCAGGGUCGUCAGCUUCCCUCCGGGCCCGGUUUGGCAA